AUGGAGCUAGAUGACACAAGUCAGGAUGAGGCGGAGCCCUCCUCUGUCCCCGCAUCGAACCCUGGCUCACCCAUGGCAGAAGAUGCCGAAUCAGAAACCCUCCAUAUCCAGUCACACGAUACCCCUCACGAGUCGUUCGAGUCACCGAUGACCAAUCUAUCAGACCACGAGCUGUCUGAGCUGUCUUCAGUUCCCUCAUCGGUGUCUAGUAAGGCAACGACGCCUGUGGACCUAGAGGGGCAUAAAGAGUUCCCCAUACCAUCGACGGAAACCCCUCCAAUACGCGAGGCAGUGCGGCGAUCCUUCGAUGUAAAGCCGAAAUCGUCUAUCCCAUCAAAUCUCUCAAAUUAUGACUACGCAAGGCAAUGCAUAGAAGCUGCCGAGUCCUCAAGGCUGAACCCAUACGCUCUGCAUCAAGAGGAAUACCAGAUGUUCCGACAGCACAUCAGUCAUGUCCAGGUAACUACAUAUCUCAACAUCAGAAACGGCAUCCUUCGACUUUGGUACAACAACCCGCGUGUCGCAGUAACGAGAAAAGAGGCGGUCGGCUGCGCUAACACCCGGUGGUUUGACACUGCAAGCGUUUGCUACGACUGGCUGGUGCGGCGCGGCUACAUCAAUUUUGGUUGUGUAGAGUUUCCAGCAACAAGCGACCAAGCCGAGCAGGUCGCGGCUGCAGAUAACGUGCCCAGGAGGAAAAGGAUUGUUGUCAUCGGUGCUGGUAUGUCCGGGUUGGGUUGCGCAAGACACCUCGAUGGGUUGAUAAGGCAGUAUUCCGAUCGAUAUCGUGCGCUCGGAGAGCCGCUACCGGAAGUUGUCGUACUUGAGGGGCGCGGUCGAGUUGGUGGAAGGGUAUACUCGAGAGAGUUUAAAUCAAAGCCGACGCUACCGCUGCCGGAUUUUGACGGGGAGCGAUUUACCGCCGAGAUGGGCGGGAUGAUUAUUACGGGAUUCGAGCGCGGCAACCCAAUGAACGUCCUUGUACGUGCACAGCUGUGUCUCCCAUACCGUGCCCUGCGAUCAGAGACAACAAUCUACGAUUCAAACGGCAAGCCCGUGGACUAUGUGAGAGAUCAACUUGUGGAGAAUUUGUACAACGACUGCUUGGAUCGAGUCAGCGAAUACAAGUUCAAGUCACAGCCCUCCAAGCUGAUCGAGGGCAACCGAGACCUGAUCAAUGAAGCGCGAGAUGCCGUGAGUGACGGACACAGGACAAUCAGCCAGGCUGAAGAAGCGACUGCCGCACUGCCGCAUGCGCCACCUGUCUCUCAACAAAACGUGCCUGAACGAGUCAACUUGGUGCCAGUUUCCUCGGACAAGCUGACCGGACGUGUACAUACUCAGCCUGGUACCCCGGGCAUCCUCAAGGCAUCUGAAAAGGCUAAGAUGAUGGGAUGGACAUUGAAAAAUGGCUCUACGAACGACGCUAAUAUUGAUUUGAACGAAGCCGUGAGUUUGCCAGCGGCAACGCUUGGUUCAGUCAUGGACGAGGCCGUCGUUCAGUAUCGCAAUAUUGUGGAUUUGACUGCCCAAGACCACCGCCUCAUCAAUUGGCAUGUGGCGAACCUGGAAUACAGCAAUGCCACCAAUCUUCACAACCUUAGUUUAGGUGGUUGGGACAUUGACGCUGGGAACGAGUGGGAAGGCAAGCACACUAUGAUCGUUGGCGGGUACCAGAGCGUCCCCAGAGGCCUUGUGCACUGCCCGACGCCUCUCGACGUUAGGCCGAAGUCUGCCGUCAAGAAGAUUAAGUACGACACGCAGGAAAACGGGCGAGCUUCUAUUCACUGUGAAGAUGGAUCAAUAGUUGACGCAGACUAUGUCGUUUCGACAAUACCGCUUGGUGUGUUGAAGCAGGGCAGCGUCGAAUUCGAUCCGCCUUUGCCGGAGUGGAAAACAGACGUAAUCACCCGGAUAGGAUAUGGAGUGCUCAACAAACUAGUCCUGGUUUACGACCACCCUUUCUGGGAUACGGAGAGGCACAUAUUUGGUGUCCUGCGAGAUGCCCCUAACCGGCAUAGUCUGAAUCAGAGCGACUACAAAUCCUCGAGGGGGCGCCUCUUCCAGUGGUUCAACGUCACGCAGACAACAGGUUUACCAUGCCUCGUGGCGCUGAUGGCGGGUGACGCUGGUUUUGACACGGAGCAUAACAGUAACGAUAACCUGGUCGCCGAGGCGACCGAGGUCUUACGCAGCGUCUUUGGACCCGCGGUGCCGUGCCCCGUUGAGUCAGUUGUGACCCGCUGGGCCUCAGACAAGUUUGCUAGAGGAAGCUACUCUUCGGCCGGGCCAGAUAUGCAACCGGACGACUAUGAUGCGAUGUCGCGCCCGAUCGGCAACCUCUUCUUCGCUGGAGAGCACACGAUCGGCACCCAUCCUGCCACCGUUCACGGAGCUUACCUAUCGGGACUCCGCGCAGCAUCGGAGGUCGUUGAUUCUAUCCUCGGCCCGAUAGACAUUCCAACGCCCUUGGUUUUGCCCAAAGAAAGCGUCUCCAACAAACGCAAGGACAUGGAAGGGCCCAAGGACCCGGAACAAGCGCGUCUGGAGGCCUAUGAGCUUGCGGCUUGGGAAUACAUCAAGUCCAAGAUCGGCGAGAGGCCCUCACGCCCGGCGAAGUUGGCGGCAAACGCCUACCUCCUCUACAGCCGGGCCUUCUUCGAGGUUGCCCGCAAAAAGUGCGAGGAGGAGCGCGCGGGGCGGAAGAAGCCUGUGCCGAAUGAGGUGCGCGUCAUGACGUCCAAGAUGUGGAAGGCCGCCACGCCCGAGGAGAGGAAGCCGUAUGAGGACGAGGCGGUCGAACAGAAGGCCGCCUACGCCGAUGCCGUUACGGCAUAUAACGAAAAGUCGGCGCAGUGGGACAAGGACUACGUCGAGAUCCUGGCGGCGUAUCAGCGGGAGCACCCGUAUAACCCGCAGAACGGGGAGGGCGGCGGACCGCAGCGGGAGAGCAGCGCGCAGAAGCAUCGUAGGACCAAGCAUGUCAGCUACGCCGAAAGUGACGGCAGCGACGUUGGGUUCUGA